GUCCGGCUCAGUUGUUAUUGCUGUCGUCGUUCGUUCCGAUCGUCAUCGUCGUAGUCGUCGUCGGUCGAAAAAGGGGGUCCCACAAUCGUUGCCGCGAUCGUCAUCGUCAUUGUCAUCACCAUCAUCGUCGUCGUCGCCGCCGCCGUCUCGUUCGGGGCCACAUUUAGGCCAGCUAUAAACCGAUACCAGAACGUUUUUCCAUUCAGUCAUCUUUCCAACUGCCGAAGCGUACUGAUCUCUCCUGGCCACCUAAGUCCAGAGGAUAUCAGCGAGUGUCGAAUUGUUUGUGUCGUGAACCUACUUUGCCUAACCGGAGAAACUUCGUACCGCGGAAGAAUUCCGAAGAACAAGUGUUAUAAUUUUAAGGAUGUCCGUGUUGCGAACACUGGUGCUGCUGGCCAUCGGUGCCACCGUGGUACUGGCCCAACGACGACUUGCCCUACCCGAUCCUAGAAGUUGUGCCAACCGCGUGCGGCACGCCACGUACCGAGAUGCUCGUGGCGUAGCUCAUUCGUACUUCUUCAGCUGGGAGCACAACCCAACUCGCAACCUGGAAGUGGACUGGCUCGAUGCCCGUAACAUCUGCCGUCGCCAUUGUAUGGACGCCGUCUCGAUGGAAACGCCCCAGGAGAACGAAUUCAUCAAGCAGCGCAUUGCCCGCGGAAAUGUCCGAUAUAUCUGGACCUCCGGACGGAAGUGCAACUUUGCUGGAUGCGACCGCCCGGAUCUGCAGCCACCAAAUGAGAACGGAUGGUUCUGGUCCGGAUCGGGAGUCAAGAUUGGACCCACCACCCAGCGCAACACCGGAGACUGGAGCUACACCGGAGGAUACGGACAGCAACAGCCGGACAACCGCGAGGCAGCUCAGGGUAACGACGAAUCUUGCUUGUCGAUUCUGAACAACUUCUACAACGACGGACUGAAGUGGCAUGAUGUUGCCUGCCACCAUCUGAAGCCAUUCGUCUGCGAAGAUUCCGAUGAGCUGCUGAACUUUGUUCGCUCCCGCAACCCAGGAAUCCGUCUGUAAAAAAAUCACCCCAAAUCCCACAUUCUCAGCCAAAUUUUACAAAAAUCCCAGUGUUCCUCCAAAAAUUCCCAGUCCCCCAUCCCAAACAAGAUACUGCCAUAAGUCGGCUUAAAGGUUUCGCCUUGAAUACAAGGAAAGGUCACCCGUCACUUGACCGUGAUAGCACCUUUCACGAGUAGUCGCAUCCAAACCUGACCUAUGGCAACUCAAUACAGCUUGAAAAACCAGCUUACGCCUUGGAAAAAAGUAUCAAAAAAUGGCCAGCGGAAGCAUCAACAAAUUGUACGUUAUACUUAUUGUGUUUUAUUAUUUAUUGUAAUGUAAUUAUGUUUAAACGUGAUGAAAAAAACAAUUGUGCGAAUUUUCUCUGUACAAAAGAGCAGCGUUAGAGAAUUAUGGAAGAAAAAAAUAUCUAAUAUGAUAAUGCUUUUAGCGUGAAAAGGUGAUGCUAGCUUUAGUGUAAGUGGAGUAGAAGUUAAUUUUUGUUCAAAAUUUAAUUUGUUCGUUUUUGGUAAAUAUUCAUCAAAAUUCUAACCCAUUUGUAUACACUAGCGUCAGCGAUUCAAGUUUUGUACAUUUGUAAGUUUUUGUUUUCUAUUCCGGAAAAUAAAAAGUACCAAAUUUUA